CGGUGAAGGGUGAGAAUGUGGCGCAUGCAGGAUGUCGUACGCCCAAUGGGGCGUGUGCUUGUGUGCGGUUUACGGUUCGAGAGUACGACAGUUCAGUCACCGAACCACAUUAGACCCUGCAGCAUGCGGUGCUUAUGUCCUCAUCUCUCUCGUGGGAACCGGAAGACGGGCUGUUGUUUAGUCCUCGUAGACGGAAGAUUGGGAGAGCAAAGAGAAUGCGUCUUCCAUGGGGAACUUUGGUGACCGCGGGUACGAGGGGAGCGCGUUGUGGUACAUGGCGGAGGACGGGUUUCCACGCGCGCUCGCACGUUGCUUUCUGGUCCUGCUCCCUUUCUGCCCUCCCCGCCUGCAUCCGGCUAGCUGCACCGAGAAAAAAAGGGGGAAGGUUGUCAAGUGGGCACCCGCGGCACGGUAACCUAGUACCGGCCGGGGGGUGGGAGUCGUGGUCGGUCGUGGCCCGGCUCUUGGGAGCUUGGGGUGUGUGCGCGGCUGUUAUUGUUUUCGGCAGACCUGCAUGCGAGAUAGUAGCGGUGAAGGGGGUCGGUGUACUGCAUGCUUGUCCGGGUCUUUUGCUGGGGGACAUCGAGGUCCCGCCUUUCUCGCCUGCUCUCCUAUCGUGUUGCGCAAAUCGAGCCGGCUCCCAAGAGGCAGAGAUGGACAAGAAAAAGAUGAGAAGAUGAAAGAAGCCAAACGAAACCCAUCCAAGUCACCUGGCGAAACCCUCGCGCGUCCCAAGUCCUAAGACAUGAAAUGAAAAGAGGUCGAGCGUAACAUG